AUGUCGACGACACGCGUUAAAACGAGAGAAACCAAAACGGGAGAAAUUAUUGCGUACAGUGAUACUGCCAUACGAAACAAUGCAUCCGCAGUGGAAUAUUGCCGAACUUCCAUGGCAGCAUUAUCGGGAAGUACUGCAGGUGUUUUGGGACUAACCGGUGUGCUAGGAUUUCUCUUCUACGUGCUGGCCGUUCUUGGCCUGUGGCAGAUGCUGCUAUUGAAAUCGGGAUCCAAUUGGCAGAAGUAUUUCAUCAGCAGGAAAAGCCUUCUUACGCAUGGGUUCCUAAGCGGUCUGUGCACCUACGUACUGUUCUGGACGUUCUUGUACGGUAUGGUGCACGUGUACUGA